AUGAUGUCACAAAAUGAUACUGAAGUUUCAGAAUUUCUACUUUGGGGAUUUUCAGAAGAACCAGAAUUGCAACCCUUCCUCUUUGGUGUCCUCCUGUCCAUGUACCUGGUCACUGUCUGUGGGAACCUCCUCAUCAUUCUGACAAUGAUCACUGACUCCCACCUCCACACACCCAUGUACUUCUUCCUCUCCAACCUGUCCUUUAUAGACAUCUGUUUAUCCUCCACAAUUGUCCCAAAGAUGCUAGUGAACAUCCAGACACAGAGGAGAGUCAUAACCUAUGGAGGUUGCCUCACCCAGAUGUACUUUUUCUUACUCUUUGGGGGGUUGGAUGACUUCCUCCUGGCAGUGAUGGCCUAUGACCGCUUUGUGGCCAUCUGUCAUCCCCUUCACUACAUGGUCAACAUGAAUCCCUGGUUCUGUGUCCUUCUUGUUCUGGGAUCCUGGAUCAUUAGUGCCCUGCAUUCCUUGUUACACAGCUUAAUGGUGCUAAGGCUUUCCUUUUGUACACACUUGGAAAUCCCUCACUUUUUUUGUGACCUUGAUCAGAUGGUCAAACUUUCCUCUUCUGACACCUUUCUCAAUGAAAUAGUGACGUAUUUUGCAACUGGGCUGCUAGGUUUUGGUCCCUUCACUGGUAUAAUUUACUCUUAUUCCAAGAUUUUUUCUUCUGUGCAUGUAAUCUCAUCAGUUCAGGGGAAGUAUAAAGCAUUUUCCACCUGUGCAUCUCACCUCUCAGUUGUCUCCUUAUUUUAUUGUACCUUCCUGGGAGUGUAUCUUAGCUCUACUGCAUCACCAAAUGCACAUGCAGUUGCAACAGCCUCCGUGAUGUACACUGUGCUGACACCCAUGCUGAACCCCUUCAUCUAUAGUCUGAGGAAUAAAGAAAUGAAGAAAGCUCUGAGAAGAUUUUUCAGUAAGGAAGUUAUAAAACUGUCAUUUGUUCUGGGGCAGAAGAGGUGCUUGUGA